AUGUCUAAUGUCCAAGACAAGAAUCAGCCUGAAGCCCUUGACGUUGAAGAAAAGGGACAUUCUGAUCACCUUGAGAAACAUGACGCCCACAUCUUCUCGGCGGUCGAUGAGACCGGUACACACAGGAAGAUAGAUCCAGCUGAGAUCAAGCUUGUGAAGAAGCUAGAUUGGAUUAUUCUUCCGGUGCUGUGGAUCAUGUACUGGUUCAACUAUCUCGAUCGCAAUGCUAUUACUGUUGCGCGCCUGGAUGGGUUGGAGAAAGAACUUAACUUGACUUCUACAGAGUAUCAGACAUGCGUCUCCAUCUUGUUUGUUGGAUACAUCCUUGGUCAGAUUCCAUCUAGCCUCGUUCUCACUCGAUUCUUCCUCGGUGUCACUGAAGCCCCUCUCUAUCCCGGCGCUCUAUACGUCCUUUCGAUCUUUUAUACCAAGAAAGAGAUAGCUACUCGCAUUUCUAUCUUAUUUACCGCCAAUAUCUGCGGAACAGCCUUUGCAGGACUUAUCGCGAUUGGCAUGUUUGAGAUGAGCGGCGUUGCGGGUCUAGCUGGAUGGAGAUGGCUCUUCAUCCUCCAGGGAAUCAUCACUUUCGUCAUCUCACUUGCUUCCGCCUUCGUCUUGCCUGACGAACCCAGCAAUACCCGCUGGCUCACUGAAGAAGAGAGAAUCCUAGCCCAUGAGCGAAUUGCCGCAGAUACUGUCCAAAUCCGAACCAACACAACCACCUUUGCGGGACUCAUCGAUGCCUGCAAGGAUCCUCGACUUUGGGUCCUCGUCUUUAUGCAACACUUUCACAUGGCUGCCAGCAACUUCAAGAACUUCUUCCCCACUAUCGUUGGAACACUUGGCUUUGAUCGCAACACUACGCUUGCCUUGACCUGUCCUCCGUAUAUCGUUUCAGGUAUUGUCUGCAUCGUAUGGGCUGCAAACUCUGGUCGAAUGAACGAAAGGACUUGGCACAUCACCUUAGCCAAGGUCAUGGCUGUUUUAGGCUUCAUAUUAGCCUGUACGGUCCACAAUACAGGUGCCCGUUACUUCGCAAUGUGUGUCUUUGCCAGCGGCGUCUACGCCUGUAAUAGUGUCAUUCUUGGCUGGGUCGCUAGUACGUGCGGUCAGACCCGCGAGAAGAAAGCUAUAUCUCUGGCUUUAGCAAACACGGUUGCCACGCUUGGACCUAUCUACACUCCGUAUCUCUGGCCGAGUUCAGACGAGCCAAUGUAUCCUGUCGCCAUGUCUAGCAGUGCCGCCUUUUCUGCUGCCUCAGCUGUCUUGGCCUGGGUGCUUUAG